AUGUCACAUGGUCGUAAUUAUCAUCGAUCAAUUAUAAAGGUUUGUGAAUAUGAUGAUUCAGAAAUACCCAUGAAUAAUUCCUCCAAUAUCAAUCAAAAUUACAACAGAUCUUUAAUCAAUCCUGUUGUUGCAUCAAAUGAUAUUGAUGAUGAAGAAAUAGCUCAACAACAUCAAGUAGAAGGUUUUUAUGAAGUUUUAAAGCUUGCUAAUGAACCAACACCUGAAAUUAUGCCUUCAAUUGAUAUGAGACCAUUAGAAGAAAUCGAUGCGGACACUGCAUAUGCUUUUCAACUUCAAGAAGAAGAAUAUGCAAAAAAUAGUAUUCCACCAUUUCUAACACAUGAACAAAAUUCAAACGAUACAACAGCUUCAAAUACUAUUGUCAAUGUUGAUGAUCAUCUCAUAGUUAGUGAUGCAGAAUAUGCAGCACAUUUACAAGCAGAAGAAAAUCAAAAACAACAGAAACAUAAUCAACGACGAAUACCACAUUCAACAACUAAUCGAAAUGAUCAAUCUAGGGAAUCUGAGAAUAUACCUAUUCCACCUUUUCUUAACCCUACAAAUCAUCAUCCUUCAUUUGGUGAAAAUAAUAAUCGUUUUAUCAAUGAUCUUGCAUCCUUAAUACGAACUCUUGCCUCUAAUAGUCUACCAUCUCAUGGUCAUAGAAAUAGAAAUGGAAAUAUUGAAAAUACCGAAGAAGAUUUUGGUCCAGAUGAUUAUGAAAAUUUACUUGAACUAGAUGAGUCAGUCAGGAAAAAAGUUUUAUCUAAUGAUGAAAUUAAUAGAUUACCAACUGAAACAUUUCGUCGUUUACCAAAUACAAGUGCUGAAGAAAAUCAAUGUAGUAUUUGUUGGGAUGACUUUGAAUUAAAUCAAACAUUACGUCGAUUACCAUGUGUUCAUCGAUAUCAUCAAACUUGUAUAGAUAAUUGGUUAAAAACUAGUAAUUUGUGUCCUCUGAUCAAAGUGAUAGCUUUAUUAGAAGAUUAUUUAUUUAUUCAAGAAAAAAAUUUUGUUUUUAGUUUAGAAACCGAUGAUAAAAGUUUUCUUGAUUCAGGUUUUCUAGAACAUUUAAUUGAAUGUUAUCCAAUAACAACUGCUGAAGAUGUAUCAGUGAUUAGUAUUCUAUGUGAUAUUUGUCUAAAUGAAUAUAAAUCAGAUGAUAAACGAUGA